AUGAUGGACUCACGCACAAACUUCUGGCUGAUUGGCAUUGUCUUGUUGGUCUGCUGGGCCAGCCCGGCCUAUGCUUUCGGCGCUGGAAACAUUAGCAGCAAAUCGCCGAUUGAAGGGAUCAACUGGCGACACGGAGAUAUUGAAGAUGCCCUCCUCGGUAUCAUCAUGGCCCGCGCCAUGGACAAGAAGAGCAAAAAGUUCAGCAAGAUGUCCGUGAUGCGUGUUUAUUUCGGCAAUUGGUUGAGGGAUUACUCCCAGGCCGUCGACUUGGGCACUAUCAAGAAUGUGUCGUACGAGGCAAUCCGACUUGUUGUCGCCAUCCUGGCCUUUAUGAACUUUGGCUUCGGCUCCAAAGAGUUCGAAGUCACCCCUGAGCGUCUAGGUUGCUACCGACCCGAGGAGCACAUCGACAACCCCAAGGGCUACGGAAGCGGCGAUAACCCCAAGCAGUACUGGGAGGGCCUCCGUGGCCGCGUCGACGAUGACCGUGAGCUCACAGUCGACUCGGACAGCGGCAUGAAGAACUACAUCGCCAACGAGCGGGCUGGCAUCGACACGUCCGCCGGCCUCCUCCGCAACCUCCUGGGACGCUGCAUCGACCUGGGCCGCGCGCACGCCCGCAACGGCCGCGACGAGGACCUGUACGAGUCCAUGCGCCUCAUGGGAACCGCCCUGCACUGCCUCGAGGACUUCUUCGCCCAUAGCAACUACGUCGAGCUGGCGCUGAUCGAGAUGGGCCACCGCGACGUUUUCCCGCACGUCGGGCGGGACACCAAACUCCGCAUCCCUGGUGCUCGGGACGAGGUGUACCCGGUCACGACGGGGACUUUCGGAGAGGUUGACUUUUUGCAUUCGGUCGCUGGUGAGGUAUCGGACAAGAUCAAGCAGAACGAGCUGCAGGAGCUCGAGGAGCUGCUGCAGGACAACAAGAAGAACGACACGAGCCUGCUCAAGAACCUGUUCAAGAUGCUGCCUGACUCGCUCUUUGGUGGCGAGAGCCAGUCCAACAAGAUGGACCAGAUCGAGCAGGAUUGUACACAGGCGCAGAUGAACAACCUCCAGGUCAAGCCGCACCGCGAGCCUGAGGAGAUCACAAAGUGGGUGUCCAACAUCUUCAAGCAGAUCGUCCCAGUGAUUGAGUGGCACGACCGCAUCAUGAAGAUCAUCUCGGAUGCCUUGCCCAGCAUCCCCGUCAUCCCCAAAAUUAUCGAGCAGCUCGAGGACCAGCUGAAUGCUUUCGUCAUGAUGCAGCUCGCUCCAUUUAUUGUGCCUGUGCUCCAGCAGAUCCAAAACGAAAUGAACGCUGGUUCCAACGGCAUUGUCGAGAGCAGCAAGCGUGACCAAUUUGCCGUCUUUGACGACGACAGGUCUGCCGAUCCGACGCACUCGAUGCUGUCCAAGGACCACUUUACCAACCUCCUUAAUGAACCUGCAGGUAAGACCGCAGCUGAGAUGGUCAAGUGGGUCGUUCCCCAAAUCAUGCAGGCCAUGGACGACGAGUCUAUCGACAUUGGCCGCACCGUCAACCGCAUCAUAUACGGCGUGCUGCACCACCCAGCACAGCGCUCGAUCGGACAUGAUGGCUCGUCCGAGGGCCGCGAGCUCUUUUACCGCUCCAUCGAGCAGUGGUGGGGUUGCAUGGGCCCGGACCAGCAGCGCGAUUACCUGAGGCGUUUGAGCCGGGACGGUGUCAGGAACCACGAGAACCACAAGGAGGGCGAAUAUGACACAGGACACAACAACGGCUGCCUGGGCCACCUCGAUACGUCGCACAUCCACGGCGACGGCAAAAAGAAGAAGAAGGAGACGUGGGAGGACAAGAUCGCCACUCAGGCUGCCAACGCAAUCGUCUCGGGCGUUACUGGGGCCGUCGGCAACUUUGUCAACAAUAACAACAAUAGCCAUGACGGUGGCAAGAAGGACGAUGGGCCAGGUGGUCUACUGGGAAUCGCAGCUUCGGCACUCGGUGGAAUCCUGGGGGGACCCGACGGUGAUAAGAGGAGGAACGACAACGACGACAACAACGGUAACGGCAGCAGCCAUAACAACUAUUCGUCAUCCGGUGGCAGGCAGGAUUACAACAGCAGUUCAUCCCCGUACAACCGGCCCAGCUCCAGCGGUCGCCAGGACUAUGGCAAUUCGUCGUCGUCGUACAGCCAGCCCAGUUCGGGUGGCCGCCAGGACUACGGAAGCUCCUCGCACUCGUCGGAGCACUCGCGCCCGCACCACGAGUCGUCGUACAGCAGCCAGCAAUCUUACAGCGGCCACAGCUCAUCGUACUAUGGAUCGAGCCGGAGGGACGACGACUCGAUGCCCGGCGGAUUCCCCGGAGGGAGGGGCUACGACGGCGAGGGCAACCACCGCAUGUCCCACCACUCAAGGCCCGAGCCAUCGAGGGGUGAGAGCGCGAGCUACUACGGCAGCGGAGGAGGAGGAGGAGGUGGUGGUGGUGGUGGUCACUCCGGCGGGUACCACGAGCCUUCACGCCACAGCGGUGGAGGCUACCAGCAGCAUAGUCAGUACGGACACCAGCCGCAACACGGAGGCCCCGGUCAUCCGGGAGGCUUUGGUCACCCUGGAGGCCCUGGUCAGCCGGGAGGGUUUGGUCAGCCGGGAGGUUUUGGUCAUCCUGGAGGCUUUGGUCAUCCAGGAGGCCCUGGUCCGGGGGGUCCUGGUCCGGGAGGCUAUGGCCAAGGGGGGCCAGGGGGCUACCCUGGGCAGCAUGGCUACGGAGGUCAUGAGCAGCGAAGAUGGUGA